AAAAGUUGAACGUCGGAAGUUAUUGUGGGGCAUGAUGCUGAUGUACAGCCGCUUGUAGCUCCCGCUUCACUACACUGCCUGGUGACUUCUUCUGUGUCCUUCUGGUUUAUAUCCUAUUUCUUUUCGCAACGUUGCCACGCACUGCCAUUUCCUCUACUUUACUUCCUGUCGUUUCAUCAGAAUGUUUAUAGGGACACCAGGAGGAUAAAAACAAGCGACUGUCAUCCUCGUCUCCUCAUCACUAUGGCCACUACGACGUUCUUGCCCUUGUUAUGCCUUGCUGCCUACUCCUCUGGAUUGCAACUGAAGAUUGAAGGCCGACACGAUGUUCAAACUCGACAUGAACUCCUACAACGGGGAAACAUCAAUGGGACCUCUACCUUGAUCAAUAUUGCGGAUUUACGCUAUUAUACGAACUUGACGCUUGGUGGGGAAGUCUUUUCAGUGCUUGUCGAUACCGGGAGUUCAGACUUGUGGGUUGCAGGUAGUAUUACGGAUAGUGUCGACACUGGGGCGAACUCUGAGCUCAUCUAUGGUAUUGGUGAAGCGAAAGGGCCCAUAAAAACUUCAACUCUUGAAUUUGCCAAAUACACCGUACGGGAUCAAGCAUUCAUGGAAGUCACGCCAGACGAUGACCAUGAGGAAGGAAUAGGACUGAUAGGCCUUGGACCGACAUCCGGGUCCAACAUCUACAAUACAUUGAAUACCUCAGCCGGAUACGCGGUGCUGGACCGUAUAUUUCUGCAAAACACAUCAACACCAAACUAUUUGACGGUGCUUCUGGGACGCGCUGAAGAUCCAGCCGAUGUCUUUCCCGGUGAGAUAUCAAUCGGAGAGCUUUUAGACGGAUAUAGUCAUGUCGAGAGUGAACCGAAACUCGAGGUCACCAGACUCACUGCUCGCGACUACCCCGCCGCUCAGCAUUUCCAGGUCCUAUUAGACCAGGACGGCUUAUUAGGACCAGACGGACAGCCAGUAUCUAUCACCACCGAGGUGGAUGGGACAUCAAACUCAAAGCAGGCGACUGUCGUUGUAGACAGUGGUACUUCAUUGAACCUGGUACCUAAAUCUGUUGCUGAUGCGAUAUACAGUCGCUUCUCUGGUGCAGAAUACCAAGUUAAUAUAACAGGCGUUGGCGAUGUAUGGAUUGUACCUUGCGAUGAAGAAGUAAACAUUACAUUCAAAUUUAGCGGUAAUAGCUACCAUAUACAUCCCCUGGAUGCUACGAUGGAUCCAUCUCUAUGGGGAUUAACCGACCUUGUGAACUCAAAAAACCAGUCGUCGUGCAUUGGCUCGUUUCAACCUAUCUUUUCUUCGGCGUCGGGUGCAACGUACGAUAUGAUUCUCGGAAUGUCGUUCCUUCGCAAUGUUUACGCCGUCUUCAACUUUGGAGACUUCGUAGGUAAUGGAAGUGAUAUAAGCAACCGUGGAGAUCCUUACAUCCAACUCCUGUCCACGACCGACCCGACUGAGGCGCAUUCCGAUUUCGUCACUGCUCGCUUGAGCGGCAAUGUGUAAGGGAUAUAGAUUAUGUACGAGCUGCUAGCUAUAUAUUUAUUUACCUAAAGCCUUUGGACUACUACGUAUGUCGUCAGUCUAAUACGCAGCUACGGGGAUCUUA